AUGACGUCUGGUGGGAAAGCGAUGCCACGCGAUGAGGAACUCCAACGAAAGCGGGCGAGGGAUCGCAAGUCCCAGCAGGCCAUGCGUGACCGCUCCAAAACCAUGAUUCAGAACCUGAGCGGGCAGGUCACGCAUCUAUCACAAAUGGUAGAGGACAGAGAUCGUAACAUCAUCAAGCUAGGAGACACAUUGCAGUCGCUCAAAGAUGAGAUCGAUCAUUUGAACGUCGAAAACGGUGCGCUGAGACUGAAACUCAUCGGACAGGCCACUGAAUCAUCGUUGACACUACCCUGCUGGAAGAGGCCUCCGGUCAAUACGGCGCCAACUUGCAUAUCUGAUCAGAUCAUACAGGACUUCCUGACCUUGGGCCGGGACAGCAACCCGAAGGUAUACGACGACAAGGCCAAUUUAUGCCAUCUGCUCGAUCAGACACAGAGGCCCGCAGACGCGCUGAGUAACAUCGUCAGCGACAUCAUCCUCAGCUACAAGGAGAUCGAGACACUGCCUAAGCAAGUGAGCCUUUUCCAUGCUUUCACGGCGCUACUCAAAUGGCAAGUCACUCUGGAUGAGGCGAGCUGGAGCAAAGUGCCAACGUUCUUCCGGCCGACGAAUGCACAGCUUACGACACCACACCCUGCUUGGAUCGAACGAGUGCCGUGGCCGAGAGUCCGCGACUACCUUAUUGAACAUCCUGAGAUAACGCUUGACAUGUUCGCAAUUGUCUACAGCACAAACUUCAACAUCACCUGGCCCUACGAUCCAAGGCAUGUGGUGCUUGUGACUGAGGACAGCAACCUGGUCAUUGUCAAUCCGGUGUUCGAGGAGCACAUCCAACAGAUCAGCAAUUGGACCAUCACGGAUGCUUUCAAAGCAAGAUUUCCGGAGAUGGCAGACCUAGUAGACGCCGACACUCGGCCAGGAUGA